GCUCCUCCCGGCGGCGGCGGCGAAGAUGGCAGAUUUUUUGAAGGGGUUACCAGUCUACAACAAAAGCAACUUCAGCAGGUUCCAUGCGGACUCCGUGUGCAAAGCAUCCAACAGACGCCCAUCAGUUUAUCUGCCCACGAGAGAAUUUCCCUCUGAACAAAUCAUAGUAACAGAAAAGACAAAUAUCCUCUUGCGUUAUUUACACCAGCAGUGGGACAAAAAGAAUGCGGCGAAGAAGCGCGACCAGGAGCAGGUGGAGAUCGAGGGGGAGAACUCGGCGCCUCCGCGGAAAAUCGCUCGGAAAGACAGCCAGAGACUGACGAGCGGAAAAUAG